CCCGACAUAAUGAAAUCAUUCCAAAACCCUUCGACUUUAAUAAACGUGCAUUUUGUAUUAUGAAUAUUUGUAUAUGUGAUUUUGGCUAUGAAGUAUUUCAACAAAAAUACUGUCAUCCAUGUCAAUGGGGAAGUCAAUGUCAAUGUCAACAAGGAUAUGCAUUUAAUUCUCGAUCAUUUCAAUGUAAACCUUUGUGUAAUGGAUCAUUUGAUGGUUGUAUACGAGGAACUUGUAUUGAUUAUAAUGAAUGUUUAUGUGAUAAUGGUACAGAAAAAAUUAGUGAUGAUAAUUUUCGUUGUUAUGUUAAAGAAGCAGGACAAAUAAUAUUUCCUAAUAUUUAUCACAACAUCGAUAGAAGAUGGUAUUUGAUGUUGCUAACAAUUCCAGUUGUUAUUGUUGUAGUUAGUUUUUGUGUUGUUAUAAAACGUUGGAGAUCAUCGAAAGCUAAUCGUUUGAGAGCUCAAAAACACAACUUUCCAGAAAUUCGAUACUUUAAUACAAAUAAUAAUCAUAGAGUGGAUAGCAAACAUGAGGAAGCAUCAGCUGGAAGGAGACGAAAUGAACCGGGGCUCUGCGAAAGUGUUAUACACCAUGAAGGAGGGGUUCUUGUUAUAAAAGUUUAA